AUGUGGAAACAAUUGAGAAACUAUCAGACGAUGAGCAUGCUUCACAACACGAUUCUGCUGCGAUGUAUGUUCAAAAACAACCUGAUCCAUCCCCGAAUCAUGGCAAACGGGAAUGCCCUAAUUUAUGAUAUGUAUCGAAGAGUAUUCCGGGCUGCAAGGAAGCGAAUCUUGGCCGUUCCUAUUGACAAAAAUCCCCGCAAGUAUUUGGCUUUGAAAGACGUUGAAUCCGCCGGGAUCCAUUCAGCAUUCGAUACUUACUCAAGAAAUUCCAUGCUGGUCGAUUCUGUAUAUGAGGUGUACAAGAACUUGUUCGAUGAAUUGAAGCGUGCCCACACCCUCCUGGACAUGAAAAUCACCUUGAACAAAGGAAUUGUCGGCGUCGAUCACUUACUCACACAAGCUGAUCUUGGCGCCUUCUAUACCCAGCUAAAGCAAUUCGAGACCUAUAAUGGUUUCUUCGUACGUGGAAAAUACAUAACAUUGUUGGACAUGACUUCAAUGCUGUUCACGAUGCGGGAUUUCACCAAGAGUACUUACUACGCGACAGGAGUCCGAAUCCUUGCGCACGAGCUUGGACAUUCGUAUAUUACACCAUAUUGGCAAGGACUAGCCAGGAAUUGCACUAUUGAGCACUACCAAGAGACCUGCGAGAUCUUCAUCGAGGUGUUUUCUUCAACCAACCCUCACUCUUUCAGAAAAGCUGUAAAAGUGGAGAAU